AUUACAGACACAGACUGCAGCAGAGCGUUGAAGAAGACACCAGCUCCGGGAUUUACCAACGCAACUUUGUUUUUAAUGCGGGAUGCGCAGCUUUGCAGAAAAAGUUUAAUCUGUUUGAGGGAAUUUACUCUGAAGUAUAAUUGCAGCAGAGCACAUAUUUAUACUUCACUUUCUUUCUUUUUUAAAUUUUGGGACAGAGCUUGUUCUCCCCUGUUGUCUUAAAUUCAUCUCUAAGAAACAAAUUGACAUUUUGAUGCGGAUAAUAAGCUGUAACGGCGAUUUUUAAGGAAGAAAUCGACUCUUUUCACUUCCUCCAGGGGUGUUUUUUCACUAAUAGAGGUUAAAGCACCUCCUCUCAAUUAAUCCCACCGCUGCCGGUUAAUUUAGUUCAUCCUAAUUCCGUGGCGGGCACCAUGCUGUCCAGUGUGCGCCGGCACAGCCUCCGCCUGCAGUCCGAGCUGCACCGGUGGAGCAUCUGCGACCCGGGCAGCCACCUGCUCACCGACAGCCUCCUGUCCCGGGUCCCCGGCUGCAUCUCCCGCUCCAAGUCCUGCACCAGCUCCGCCGGGGAGUCGAACGGGAGCCGCGGGAGCUGGUCGUCCUCAGACUCGGUCAUCUCCACCAACUCUGCCGGGGAGCCGGUAGAGCCCGGGAGCCCGUACCGGGUGGUGCUGCUCGGGGCCAGCGGGGUCGGCAAGACGGCUUUUGCCAGCAUCUUCGCCGGGGCAGCGGACAGCAUGGACAGCGAUGACUGCGAGCUCUUUGGAGAUGAAGUGUGUGAAAAGGAAAUUGAAGUGGACGGAGAGCCUGCGUCUUUAACUCUGCUUGACACAUGGGAUGCAGAGGUGAGAUUUAAAAAAAAAAAAAACAGCUUCACUGAUUGGUGUGAAUUAGAGGAUGGUACUGUAGACACCUUACCUUCCAUGUGUGUUUCAUGUGUGCGUUUGUGUUUGCAGACUGACAACGAAUGGGCUCAGGAGCACUACAUGCAGACAGGUGAUGCCUACCUGUUGCUGUACUCUGUGACUGACCGGGCUUCGUUCCUGCGAGCCUCAGAGCUCCGGAUAACCCUGCGGCGCUUCCGUCCUGCCCAGCACACACCGAUCAUCCUGGUGGGGAACAAAUGUGACCUGGUGCGACGCAGAGAGGUGUCAGUCAACGAGGGUCGAGCCUGUGCUGCUGUGUUCGACUGCAAGUUUAUCGAAACAUCCGCCGCCAUGCAGCACAACGUCUGGGAGGCCUUUCACGGCAUGGUGAGACAGCUGCGUCUUCGCCGAGACUCCAAGGAAGCCAACAAGCGUCGUAGGUACAUAAACUCCAACACACGCCGCGAGAGCCUUCCCAUGAAGGCCAAACGCUUCCUGGACAAGGUGGUGGCAAAGAACAAUCCCAGUGUGGCUUUCUGGUUGAAAUCUAAGUCCUGCCAUGACCUCUCUGUGCUGUAGGACUCUGACAGACACUCGUUUUUAGCUCUAAACCCAACCACUGAGCAGGUGAACAAGUUACAGCCUGGAGAGCAGAAUAUGUGGACGUGGGCUGGAGGGACGCCUGCGUCUGGAGGGCUGAACGUUGGAUGGUUCAGUCUGAGCCAGCAUGGUGUACAUGAGGUGUUUGCAACAUUUCUGCACCGGCAUCCACAUGUUGCAGUCUAAACCAGACUGAGUGGAUUGAGCUCAGCCUCUGUAAUGGACUGGACAAUCAGCAAAUUAAGUUAAUCUCCCUCUCACAAAGACUCUCUUUGUGUCUGUGAGGCAUCAGAGGUCAGAGAUCAGCUGAUGGAAACCGAGAAAGGAUGUGAUAUUUCUGUGUUUUGACAUUAAUAUUAGCAUUUUCUCUACUUUCUUCUCCUUUUGCCCUGCCAAAUAUGUCGUCCGUCGAUCCCCCAAGUGCUAACAUGACCAGUUGUAAGCUAUUCAUGAUGAAGUAUGUUACUUUGAGUUUAUUUAUAACGUGUAAUAUAUCGCACCUAAUGUGAAUAAAUAACAGAUUGAUGAUUCAGUGUAUUUUGCUAC